AUGGUAGAAAAGUUUGGUCAAAAGGAUACUCAUUCGUCUGACAGUGAUAGUGAUGGUGAUGACGAAGGUGGUGAUGGUGGUGAUGCAGGUGCUGGUGUCGUUGGUGUAUCUGGUGCAUCGUCUGCUGGUGCAGCUGGUGGUACUUCAGCUGGUAAUGAUGAGGAGGAUUCUGAAUCAGAUGAUAAUCCACCUGAGCCUGGAUACGAAGUUUAUUUUGAUGAACGAGGUGUGAAAAGGAUCAGGAGGAUCAGGCAAGAAGAUGACCCUGAAUACGUUCCUUCAGAUACCGAAGCUGAACGUUUGAAGAUAAAGAAAACGGUUGUCCAACGAAAGAAGAAACCAAGAAAGAACAUUGGUUCUUCGUCUGCGCAACAAUCGGUUCCUCAAGAGCCUUCCCAAGAAGCGGAAAUGGAUCCAAACCUUGGAUUCACGGCCACUGAAGCUUCUGAAAUGGUUCCAUCUCCUCCAAGAUCCUCUGAACCAGCUCCUGUAGUGAGUUCAACUCCUGAAACUCCUACAGUGACUCCUCAAGAUCCAAGUCCCUCUAUUGCAUCAUCCAUUCGUGCAACGACUUCGCAGCCAGCCGUGGGGCACAGACAGACUAUAUUCUCGCAGACGCAGCCAGAUGAAAAGGUAGCCUUCCUAUUCUCUCAACUGCAAGCUGCUGUAGGUUAA